UUUUAUUUACACAUAUUUUGGACUAAACUCGACAUACACUAAUGACCAGUUAAUUAAUUUCACCUACCAGCAGUUUGUCACAAAAUCCUUUCAGUAAAACUUAAAAUAUAUUUAACAUUCACUAUCUUAACCUAAAAGUGCUGUCAAAAUGGAUUCUCUCAAGCAAUCUAUGGCCGAGAUGACUGAAACCUUCAACACUCGGAUGGCAGGGUUCCAGAAACUGAUUGAGAAGGCUGCUCCAAAUAAUCCCACAAUUGCUUCAGUGUCAGCGGAAUUCCAUACUUUCAAAUUGUUCAUCAAGACCACUUUGGAGGCUAUGCAAAAACAAAUCCAACUCCUGAGUAUGCAACUGGACCAGCAGGACAUGCGUUCUAGGCGGAAAAUGCUCUUGUUGCAUGGUGUGCCCGAGGCCGAGCAGGAAUCUACUUUGAGUCUUGUUGAACUUCUAAAUGGACAUCUCGAGGAAAAGCUAACUGUUAAUGAUGUGAAGCGCUGUCAUCGGUUAGGUCAGCCACGCAAAAAUAUAAAUAGGUGCAUCCUAGUUAAAUUCAGUGAUGUGUCUGUGCGAAACUCUGUUUGGUUUGACAAGAAACGCUUGAAGGGCUCCGGGGUAACACUAUCAGAGUUUCUCACUAAGCCACGGCAUGAAGUUUUCAUGGCUGCACGGGAACGUCUUGGUGUUCGGAGAUGCUGGACCCGCGAUGGGAACGUGUACGUGCUUGACGCGGCAGACAAGCGUCACUGCGUGACCUCUGUGGCUGAGGUGGAACAGUUUCCAGCGGCAGACACAAACCGUGCACUCGAGUCUGCGUCUUCGGGUUCCGGCAGUGCCCAGGAACAAACCAGGAGGUCCAGGAAACCGCCUAAGAAGAAUUAAUUGAACUCUCUUUUCUUAGAACUCUUUUUAACGAUUGUCGUUGUGUUAUUGCUAGUUUGCCUUCUCAAUUUAGUAGUGUAAUAUUCCGUGUGGCUUGCUACCCACUUUAUACCUGUUCAAUUUUUAAUUUUUUUUUUUAAUUCUCGUGGGUUAAUUGUUCUCUUGUUUACAUCAGGUUAUUACAGAUGUGACAUGACAGAUGACAGCUGUCAACAUCUUAAAACUU